UGAGAGAGGGGGAGAGAGAUUGAGAGAGCAGGAGAGAGAGAUUGAGAGAGGGGGAGAGAGAUUGAGAGAGCAGGAGAGAGAGAUUGAGAGAGGGGGAGAGAGAUUGAGAGAGAUUGAGAGAGGGGGAGAGAGAUUGAGAGAGCAGGAGAGAGAGAUUGAGAGAGCAGGAGAGAGAGAUUGAGAGAGGGGGAGAGAGAUUGAGAGAGCAGGAGAGAGAGAUUGAGAGAGGGGGAGAGAGAUUGAGAGAGAUUGAGAGAGCAGGAGAGAGAGAUUGAGAGAGGGGGAGAGAGAUUGAGAGAGGGGGAGAGAGAUUGAGAGAGGGGGAGAGAGAUUGAGAGAGGGGGAGAGAGAUUGCGAGAGGGGGAGGGGGGGUUAGAAAGGAGAGAGCUGCAUCAGGAAAACAAUCCGUGAUAAAGUUGCUUAAUCGGCAGACGCGGUGAAUUUCAUCGGGGAGCAGGUGCGGAUUUCCUGUGUGGUCUGGUGUUGGAAGCCAUGCUGUAGUGUGAAGUGUUCUGUGUGUUGCUUUUGUGAAUGUUUUCCUGUCCGUGUUCAGACAGUAGAUUUAUUUACUCUCGUGCUCAGGGGAGUUGUUUUAGAAUAAAACAAGCUGCAGUUGAAUUAAUCACACUGAACGUCUGAAAUCCAACCGAGGUCUAAAAUACUUAAAGCAAAGAGAUCGAUCUAAAAAGUAUGAGAGGGGGAGAAACGCUAGACGUGUGUGUGUGUGUGUGUGUGUGUGUGUGUGUGUGUGUGGGAGGAGCUCAGCCGGAAGUGAGAGAGGAGGGAUGGACUGAGUGAGACAGAGGAAGGGUUAGUAGGAAAGAAAAAAAACCCAGAGUGUGUGCUCUCAAAGUCUUGCCAGUUGUCUUCUUUAUGCGUGUGUGUAUACGUGUGUGUUUCCACGGUGAUGUCGGAAGAGCAGGCUCGCGCUGAAGCUCCGGCUGGUGCCAGGCAGCGACGCAGGAGCGAGCUAGAAGGGUAUUCGGUGUCUCUCGCUUCCCUCAAGCUCUCGCCCAUGUACCCGGAGGAGGAGCAGCGCACCACGGGGGGCAUUUCCUCCACCGCUCACUACCUAGACGGGACGUUCAACUACACCACCAACCCCGAUGCCACCAACUCGUCAGUGGACUACUACUCAGUCGCCCCAGAGCCUCAGGAGGAGAACCUGCAGCCGCUGCCUAACGGCUCCAGCAGCCCUCCGGUGUUCGUUCCUUCCAGCCCGCAGCUCUCGCCGUUCCUCGGCCAUCCUCCCGCAGGACAACAUACUGCUCAGCAGGUGCCGUACUACCUGGAACCAUCAGGAACCUCCAUCUACAGGUCCAGUGUGUUAGCCAGUGCAGGAUCACGAGUGGAGCUGUGCAGCGCCCCCGGCAGGCAGGAUGUGUACACCGCAGUGGGAGCCUCGGGACCAUCGGGAGCUUCGGGGCCUUCAGGAGCAAUCGGGUUGGUGAAGGAGAUCCGCUACUGUUCGGUGUGCAGUGACUACGCCUCAGGGUACCACUACGGAGUCUGGUCGUGCGAGGGCUGCAAGGCCUUCUUCAAGCGCAGUAUACAAGGUCACAAUGAUUACGUGUGUCCAGCGACCAACCAGUGCACCAUCGACAGGAACCGCAGGAAGAGCUGUCAAGCGUGUCGUCUACGCAAGUGCUACGAAGUGGGCAUGAUGAAAGGAGGUUUUCGUAAGGAGCGUGGCGGUCGCAUCAUCAAGCACAACAGGAGGCCGAGUGGACUGAAGGAGCGGGAGCGAGGUUAUAGCAAAGCCCAGAGCGGUUCUGAUGUGAGAGAAGCGCUUCCACAGGACGGGCAGAGCAGCUCCGGGAUCGGGGGAGGGGUAGCGGACGUGGUCUGCAUGUCUCCGGAGCAGGUGUUGCUGCUGCUGUUGCGGGCGGAGCCACCCACCCUGUGCUCACGACAGAAACACAGCCGACCCUACAGCGAGCUCACCAUAAUGAGUCUGCUCACCAACAUGGCCGACAGGGAGCUCGUUCACAUGAUCGCCUGGGCCAAGAAAGUGCCUGGAUUCCAGGACCUCUCUCUGCAUGACCAGGUACAGCUGUUGGAAAGCUCCUGGCUGGAGAUUUUGAUGAUUGGUCUCAUCUGGAGGUCCAUCUACACACCUGGAAAACUCAUCUUCGCUCAGGACCUCAUCCUCGACAAGAGUGAAGGAGAGUGUGUGGAGGGCAUGGCUGAGAUAUUCGACAUGCUGCUGGCCACAGUGGCCCGUUUCCGCACCCUCAAACUCAAGUCAGAGGAGUUUGUGUGUCUCAAAGCCAUCAUCCUGCUCAACUCUGGUGCGUUUUCGUUCUGCUCCUCCCCCGUCGAGCCCCUGAGGGACGGCUUCAUGGUGCAGUGCAUGAUGGAUAACAUCACGGAUGCCCUCAUAUACUACAUCAGCCAAUCGGGAAUCUCGGUGCAGCUCCAGUCCCGGCGUCAAGCCCAGCUCCUGCUUUUGCUCUCGCACAUCAGACACAUGAGCUAUAAAGGGAUGGAACACCUGUACAGCAUGAAGUGCAAGAACAAAGUUCCUCUGUAUGACCUGCUGCUGGAGAUGUUGGACGCGCAUAGGCUCCGCCCCCUGGGCAAAGUGCCAAGGAUCUGGGCCGAUCGAGUGUCGUCUUCACCUACUACAACCGCCACAACCCCAACCACCAACACCACCACCACCACCACCACCACCACCCAUCACCCCAGCAACGGCUCCACGUGUCCCGCAGACUUACCGUCCAACCCGCCGGGUCCCGGCCAAAGCCCCAGCCCAUGAGCUGCUAUACAGCGAGAGAAUAUAAACUGCUAACGCUAUCCAUCAGACAGAGCUGAAUUCAAUCAGGUCCCCUGACUGGGAAAGUGUCCUGAGUGAUGAUUUCGUUAACUUGGUUUCUUUCCUUUUAGCUGGAUCGAGUCGUCGACGCUUCGACAUGACACGCUUUCAUGUCGUCAGACCGACAAGAGCAGCUUCUCCGACUUAAACGCGAUUCGAUCGCACCAGAGUUCUCUAGGAAGGAAGUGGGUCCCCGCAUAUCCUUUAAGAGCUAAUAAUAAUAAUAAUAAUAAUAGUAAUAGUAAUAAUUAAAAUAACUACACUGCAAAUUCGCCAAGACCCUUUCAGCCUUUAUAGAAAAGUACCAUUGUAGUUAGGCCAAAUGUAAGGAAUUUGAGAUUUGUUGUCAUCGUGACCGUGUACACAACGAGUCAGCGGAUUAAGAUAAAUAAUAAUAAUAAUAAUAAUAUAAAGAUCUACAUGGGGAAAGUUCUUUGUAUUCAGAUCCGCGUUACGCAGGUACUUAAGGUGAUGUUCUGUGCUCCGUAUUCUGUUUAUGCAAAUCUUAACUUUAAAUUGAGAUUUUUAUCGAGUAGUAGCACGGGAGCUUCAAAAGCGUCCAGACCACCGCCUUUAAACACGGGCACUUUUCUUCAAACGGACGUAAGAUUUCUCCUCCUCGAAAAGGAUGGCAAAUGGAAAAACGAUGUAACUUAAAGGGAGCGAGGAAGCGUCAAAACGGCGGAAAAAGACUUGAUCCAUGAACGAGACGAUGGAAAGCGCUGAAAUAAAUCUCAAUAGUCCUCGUUGUAACGAUGAUCACGUCGAUCACCGUAACCUGGUUUAAUUGAACAAUACGGCUCCCGCAUUCAUUAUUCCCCCGUUUAUAAAAUAGCACUCGAUCCAGCACGUCGCGUUUUUGUGCGUUUUCUUCGUUUCUAACCGCGCGCGCAAUCGGACGAAAGGCGCCCGUGGAAUCGUGGUACGUUCGCUAGACGGAGGCCUUUUUAAUCGUUACUUUAUUUUUUUUUCAAAUUCUAAUUUUAGUUGUUGGGUUAAGAAAACGGUUAUAUCUUUUGCUCUACCGUAAUGGGAUCAUAAAGGAUGAGCUAACGUAGCACUCGCGUGCUGAUCAGAGCUCACUCGCGUGUCGAUCCUAAUUUCAGCCGUAAUAAUGUGGUCCUCGAGAUGAGCAGCAUCUCCGAGUAAGCUGCGUCUCGUCCGAUCUCGUCCGUGUGGGAUCAGUUAUCAGAACGUACUUCAGGGUGUUUCAGUGUAACAUUUUGUAGUUCCGUCAAACUAGACUUAAACUAGACUGCUUCUGACUUGAGCCCAGAUCGCAGAGGGAAGUCCCACUGUGCCACACUUGUUUUAGUCAAACAUUACUUUUUAAUAAUAGAUCAAUCCUGGUGAGUAGAAAUGAUUUAGAAAGCAACUUUUUAUUAUUAUUUGUUUUAACCAGCUCCUUUUUUUUUUCUUGGUUUAGCCACACCCCCAUGUUGACUUUCUCAGGACUUACCAGUCCUCUUUUGAACUUGAAAAACAAAAAACUUGUGUCCCAGUGGACUGUUUUUCUUCCUUCUUUCCCCUUGUAUUGUUACCGUCUUCAGCGAGACAUUGUGUUUGCAGUAGCAUUUUGCCGCCUCGACGCACAACGCAACCAGUCACAAGAACGAGCCAGUCUCUGUUUUGUGUGUUUUUUUUUGUUGUUGUAAAAAUAUGAACUAUGGUUUCAAAAGGAACCUGAACUUUUGAGGGCUUGCAUUGUACAGUAGUCAUCAAAAUUAGAUCGGACACCUUUAAGUGCUCUCUAAACGUCUGAGGGAAAGAGGUUAAAAUACGUUAAAAAGCGCCUCCCCUUCUGCAGGACACUACAUGGUCCUAAAGCCAGUCGGACCGUCUGAAGCUUCUGGCACGUGUACUCGUGACCCUAUUCUUUCAGUCACUAUCCACAGCUCAUGGUGAGGACAGGGAUGAGAGUUGACCAGUAGACAGGAAGCUUCAUCCCCAAACUGAGCUCCUACUGUAACGCUGCUACUGACUUGAUGCAUUUGAUACACUCUCUCUUUUCCAUUCUUUUUCCACCACUACUGGUAUAAGAUCCCAAAGUAUGUAAACUCCUCCAGCAGCGGGAAGGUCUCUCUCCUCACUUGAUGAGAAGGCCCUCCUCUUUUUUUGGGAGACUCAGACAAUGAGGUGGUGAUUUUUCAACCCUGAUGCGUCAUACUCGGCAGCAAAACAUUCGUGUGUAUGCCGGAGAUACACUUCGGAUGGUGCCGAGAAAACAUCACCCUAUCCCCCCACCACCACCACCAAAAUGCACACCUCUUCAACCAUGGCUGCUCCUUGAUUUCCUGUGCAUGAAACCCAGAAACAGAUGUGGAGAUGGGACACCCUUGACAACAUCCAACAACCACCUUAAACGCAAGCACAACUCCUACUGUGCACCUACAGAGACCGAAUCGUACCAAGUAGCAACCCAGAUACCCUGUACUCCUGCACUACCUCCCACCACAAAUGUCCAGCCCACCAAUCAUAGGCGUUUUCCAAAUAAAUACAUGUAGACUGGAUAAACAUAUGACCGUGACCCCUCACAAAGCACUGCCCCAGUCCUCCAUGACUUUGAAAGGCGUGUUAACCACACACUCCUACCCCUGUCCAGUGUCUUCAAUGUCCCCAGAUAAAUCUCCUCCACCAUUGCAGCCUUGCCACUAUGAAGCUUUUAGGGAUUUUGAGAACUUCCAUCUGAAGGGAGGGCAUGUCCACUAGGUUCAGGAGUUUGUCAGAGUGCUCCAUCCAUCACUUCAAAAUAUCCCGAGUAGAGGUUGACACUAACUGGCACUUGCUUAGCAGAAUUUAUGCACGGUUUCAUUUCCCCUUUCAGAGGCACCAAAUGGUCUGCCAGAACAUCUUUGACACCAAACACCUCUAUUGCAGAAGCUUCCACUUCAGUAACUGCUUUUGCUGCACCCCCUUCUGGCUCCCCUGUGCCUCUCAAUUGAAUCAGUAGAGCCCUCCAUGAGCAUUUCUUGGCCUCGUUCUUCAGAACUGAUGUCCACAAGUGCAUCCUAGGAUUACUACCACGACGGACACUGACUGUCUUCUGGCCGCAGCUUCUUGCAGCAGGGUGUGUGGUCGAGGAUAUGAACAUGGUCCAUUCAGAUUCAGUGUGUCCAGACUUCACUUGGUACAAGUGGAGAAGACCUUUCAGAGGUGGGAAUAAAUUAAUCUCUCACUGAACCAAAUAAUUUCAAGCAACCCAAAUGUCCAAGACAUACGGCCUCAAGUCUGAUGAUAUGGUCAUAAAAUCACUCGUUGACCUUUGGCCCAAGGUGCUCUGGUACCACAUACACCUUGCAAUUAUUAGACUUCUUUGCAAGCCAAGGAGUAUCCUAGACUAAGUACUGAGGUCCCCUAGUAGCACUAUGGAUUCAGCAGCAAGUAUUAUCUCAAACAUGUUAAGGCGUUGGGUUACUGAUCAGACGGUCAAGGGGUUCAAACCCCAACACCGCCAAGCUGCCACUGUCGGGACCUCGAGCAAGGUCCUUAAUCCUCUCCGCCCCAGCAGUGCCAUAUCAAGACCCUGCACUCUGUCUCCAACUCCUAUGAAGCUGGAACAUGCGAAGAGAAGAAUUUGACUGUACCGUAAUGUAACGUAUGUGCAUAUACGUGACAAAUAAAGGCUUUCUAUUCCAAAUACUUUCGUGCGUAUGCAGAAACAGCAGCCAGAGUUUUUCUUCCCGAGACUCCAACCCAUUAACAGACCCCCCCCCCCCCCCCCCCCCCCACCACACCCAAACCUCUUUUCUACCUGGAAAAACUCCCAAGGCCUCCAGCCUGGGACCGUCGAGUAUCCCCACGCUAUCUUCCCCCUGCAUUCCAGAGUAGGAGAGAGACCACCCCCAAUCGAAACACAUGGAACCUGAGCUCAUACUGCGUCUAUAUCUUUUGCUCCCACACAAUAACUCGGGGUCUUUCCCUGCCAGUACAAUGACAUUCCACCUUCCCAAAGGUCUAGUCUGAGGCCUUGACCCUCAAGAGCCCACAAGAGGGCUUCACGUCACCAUUGCGGGCGGAUCUUGACUUGGUUACGUGGGUGGCCCAGUCACCAGUUCCUCGCCUAUGGACACCACCCCCAGAUCUGGCGGUCCUAGUAACGAUAAUCCAGGAAAGGUGCGGAAGUUUGUUUGUUUGUUUUUUGAACAUUUCAAGGGUGUCUUUAGGAUCCCUUUUUCUCCGAGUUACCAAGGUGUGCGUCACUGAGAACAUUAAUUUUCCCACAAGCCCCUUCAGGUUGAUGGUUAAGGCGGCACAUCUUUCUGAGCGGAGCACAGUCAAAGCUGAGCCGGAUAAGUGGUGAACCGCACUUUUAAGUCUUUUUAUUUGUUAAAUACUUAUUAUCCUGAACGGUUACCGCACUGUGGCGCCACAUCCUGCUGUACAAACCUGGUGUUUGAUUUAGACUGUGUACUUGUAAUGAACACGAGCUAGGUACAGUACUGUGGAAUAAACUUCUGCCACAGUUAAAGGUCCUAAGUUAAAAUGUCACACUUGUAUUCGGGUUUUAAAUUCAAAAAUGUUCUCUGUAUGUUUGAAAUAACGUAUGACUUAUUAUUGCACUAUACCGAUGAUUGAUUAUAGUUGUUCGCAUAAUGCCUGUAUUUUAAACACAAGUGUAGCUUGAAACCCGGCAAACUCUUUUUGCAUAGCUUUUGUUAGGCGGAGAAUUUCAAACCUUGUUUGUUUGAUUGACAUUUGUGAUUUCAGCUUGUUUAUAAUACCGUAAAAGAGGAAACACAGGUCGGUGGAGGAAAAAACACGCGCACACAACUAAUAUGUAUAUAUUAAUCAGAAAGGCCUUCUUUACUGCCAGUGUUAAUAAACUGUACACUCAUAAAUAAGCACUGACGAUUUCAUAAUGGAUGUUUUAUACUUUUUUUUUUUUUUUUU